CGCCGCCGCUGCCGCCGCCUCCUCCUCCCCCCCGGAUCGGGUGUACUGUCCCAACCCGAAAGUCCAGUUCUGCGGCCCGGCAGCGGCGAGCAAGCGCGAUGACACAGGAGUACGACAACAAACGGCCAGUCUUGGUUCUCCAGAAUGAAGCCCUUUAUCCACAGCGGCGCCCCUACACUAGCGAGGACGAAGCCUGGAAGUCUUUCCUGGAGAACCCUCUCACCGCGGCAACCAAGGCGAUGAUGAGCAUCAACGGAGACGAAGACAGUGCGGCCGCCCUGGGCUUGCUCUAUGACUAUUACAAGGUUCCAAGAGAGAGGAGGUCAUCAACAGCAAAGCCAGACGUCGAGCCCCCAGAGCCAGAUCACAGCAAAAGAAACAGCAUACCAAAUGUGACUGAGCAGUCCCUCAUUUCUGCUGGAGAAAACAGAGUGCAAGUACUGAAAAAUGUGCCAUUUAACAUUGUCCUACCCCAUGGCAACCAACUGGGCAUUGAUAAGAGAGGCCAUCUAACAGCUCCUGAUACAACAGUCACCGUCUCCAUAGCAACAAUGCCUACCCACUCCAUCAAGACAGAAACCCAGCCCCAUGGCUUUGCUGUGGGAAUCUCUCCGGCAGUAUAUCAUCCUGAGCCCACUGAGCGGGUGGUGGUUUUCGACCGGAACCUUAAUGGUGACCAGUUCAGCUCUGGUGCUCAACCCCCAAAUGCUCAAAGGAGAACUCCAGACUCUACCUUCUCAGAGACCUUCAAGGAAGGCGUUCAGGAGGUUUUCUUCCCCUCGGAUCUCAGCCUGCGGAUGCCUGGCAUGAAUUCAGAGGACUAUGUUUUUGACAGUGUUUCUGGGAACAACUUUGAAUAUACCCUAGAAGCCUCAAAAUCACUUCGACAGAAGCCAGGAGAUAGCACCAUGACCUACCUGAACAAAGGACAGUUCUACCCUGUCACCUUGAAGGAGGUGAGCGGCAGCGAGGGGAUCCACCGGCCCAUCAGCAAAGUCCGGAGUGUGAUCAUGGUGGUUUUUGCAGAAGACAAAAGCAGAGAAGAUCAGUUAAGGCACUGGAAAUACUGGCACUCACGGCAGCACACGGCCAAACAAAGGUGCAUUGACAUAGCUGAUUAUAAAGAAAGCUUCAACACCAUCAGUAACAUUGAGGAGAUUGCAUAUAAUGCCAUUUCCUUCACUUGGGACAUUAAUGAUGAAGCAAAGGUUUUCAUCUCUGUGAACUGCUUAAGCACAGAUUUCUCUUCUCAGAAAGGUGUGAAGGGGUUGCCUCUUAAUAUUCAAAUUGACACCUAUAGUUAUAACAACCGUAGCAACAAGCCUGUGCAUCGGGCAUACUGCCAGAUCAAAGUCUUCUGUGACAAGGGAGCUGAAAGGAAAAUCAGGGAUGAAGAACGAAAACAAAGCAAAAGAAAAGGCAAGUGUACUGACCCCAGCUCCCAGUUGAAUGCCUUUUCCGAUGUUAAAGUGCCACUGCUUCCCUCUCAUAAACGGAUGGAUAUCACAGUUUUCAAGCCCUUCAUUGAUCUGGACACCCAGCCUGUCCUCUUCAUUCCCGACGUGCACUUUGCCAACCUUCAGCGGGGCACUCACGUCCUUCCCAUUGCCCCAGAAGAACUGGAGGGUGAAGGCUCUCACUUGAAAAGGGCUCCGUAUGGAUCAGAGGAGGAUUUUUCGAUCGCCCCUGCUGCUAAGCUGACUCGGCUGGAAGAACCAAAGAGAGUGCUGCUCUACGUACGCAAGGAGUCAGAGGAAGUCUUUGAUGCCCUGAUGCUUAAGACUCCAUCUCUGAAAGGCUUGAUGGAGGCUAUCUCAGACAAAUAUGAUGUGCCCCAUGAUAAGAUUGGGAAGAUAUUCAAGAAAUGUAAAAAAGGGAUUCUGGUGAACAUGGAUGACAACAUCGUGAAGCAUUACUCCAAUGAGGACACCUUCCAGCUGCAGAUCGAAGAAGCCGGGGGGUCGUACAGGCUCACCCUCACUGAGAUCUAAGGGCACGCUGGCCCACCUCUCCCAGCGAGUUCAAGGAAGGUUACGUGGGCCUCACUGUUUGGCCCGCCGCAGGUACCCCGCGGGUAAGGGUGGAGGUCACCCGAAGGGACUCCUUGCGAAUAGGAGAUGGCGCUACAUUUGGCUUGUAGAUCGCAUUCAACAUACCGCCUUGGCAUUUCCAGACGACAGAAAUCCAUACGCCAUUAUGUUUGAAUUUUCGGAUAUCAGUAUUCUGAUAUCGGUACUUAGGAUUAAAAGUGAAAACUGUGUUCUAAGGUUUAAUAGACUCUCUGGGAACCUUUGGAAUAUCUGUUCCAUUAUUUAUAAAACUAUUGGGCUAUCUACCUUGUCUCUUCAAUGUUAGUGGGCCUGCUCACUAGUGCAAGCCAGAAAAGGCAAUGGGCUUGGGUUUAAGGAUUUUGUGCCCUUGCCUGCUCAGCAUAGCUCUGACUGCCUCAGGGUGGUGGCAGUGGCAUCCGAAGAGGCGAAGACACGCCCUUUCUCCCUCAGCCUCUUGUCCUCCAGAAAACGUUUACUCAGAUAGGGCAUGUUACUGAAUCUUCCUUUGCAACUUUCUUGAAUGUGUCAACUGCCUUUCUUAACGAAGGAAUGGGUCAC